GUUCCUGAAGUGGAUAUCAACUUUCGCUGUCCAGUUGGCAAGUGCGUAAAAGAGACUCUGAGCCUACCUCUGGAAAACUCUUCUCGUCUACGGGCGCUCUGUCACGCCAUGCAUGAUCACCUUCGUCCAGCGGAUCUUACACGCCAUCGACUGGCCGGUAGUCUUUUUACACCACACCUUCUCCUAGCCGAGACCUUUCCGGUGCCAGCUCACUUUAUGGCUGUGACUCGAGCCUCUUGUCCUGAUAGCUCUGGAAGUUUCAGAUCUUUGACUGGUAGCUUUUCUGACUACGAUAGUGGGUGUCAACAAAAUAAUUCCCUUAAAAAUUCACAGGUUGAUCAUAAAACGGCAGAGCGACAAGGAAAAUGUCAGAACAAUCAACCAAGAGAAUUUCUGACUGGACCCGAGCUGUGGACAAAAAUGACUUUGCCCCCUGAAAGGACAUGCAAAGAGGAGGAUGUAGAUCGCACUAUCGGCCAACAGUCACUCUGCACUCGCGUUGAAGAGGCAGCUGCUUCAGAAGUUGUACAGACUCAUAGUUUCACUGUACAAGUUAAUAAUCCGAUCUUCCAAGUUCCCGCCACGAUCUCUUCUGAAAACGCGCCCAGUUUAGAUAAAAGAGUCAAACCUUCAUACGUAAUAGCGCUCCCAGUUCGUCUGCUCGCCCAUCAGGCUGGGCUACACACUGCACGUCUUGUCAUACGUGGGUACCGCUCAAACAUGACGGGGGGUUCAGUCAAUAAGGAAGCUGACUAUUGUGAUGAUGACAUCCGAGUGCACACUAUAACAUGUCUAGCAGUGACCGAAGGCUUGGCGGCCGGAAUACGUGUAACAGCCCCAUUGCACCGACCGAUUGUGCAAACCCUGCCACUAGUCAAUAGGACCCCAUUGGACUGGCCCUUGAAAGCUCAGUUCUGCCCUGCUAAUUUUGGAUUCACAGAGAAGGAGAAGUAA